GCCACGUGUGAACCACACAGGCUCGAGCCACACGUGCUUGGCUCGUGGGCACGAUGAGCCAGCUCAUCGAGCAGCUGCUGACGUGCGCCGUGUGCCUGGAGCGCUACCGCCGGCCCCUGCUGCUGCCGUGCCAGCACACAUUCUGCGCAGAGCCAUGCCUGCAGGGGUUGGUGGACACGACGGGACGCAGUGUGCGCUGCCCCGAGUGCCGUGCCACCCACACCCUGCCUCGAGCUGGUGUCCACGGCUUCCCCUCCAACCGCACCAUCACGGGAUUCCUGGAUGUCCCACUGAUGCAGCGGCCGCAACAGGAUCAGCAGCAGCAGCAGCCUGUGACGGCAAGGUCGUCGUCGUUGGUGGAAAGGGGCGACCGUGAGGUCAAUGUGAGGACGGCCGAUGACCCCGCGUCCCGAGCGUGCAAGUGCUGCGGAGAGGUGAAGGGCAGUGUUGGCCUGUCGCUGUGCUACCACUGCGACUGGCACCUCUGCGGGUUGUGCCGACUGUCCCACUCGCACCAGAUCAGGCAGGAGAUGCACAAGGACGUCCUGCGGCUACGGGGAAGUGGCCAGGUGCUGAGCGACGCUGUCGGGACCCUGGAGGAGCGCUGCACGGACGUGCGGCGGGAGGGCGAGACGGCGAGGUCGGACGUCGCGGCGGCCGUGCAAACGUGCUUGGGGAGACUGCGAGACCGCGAGAAAGCCCUUCUCAACAGCGUGGAGGCGCUCGUCAGCUCCGAGGUGCAUUCGCUGCAGCAGAAGAAGCGCAACUUGGAAUCCAAGUUGGCCGCGAUGCUGUCCUACUGCGACGUGGCCGAGGGCAAGCUGGACGGGACCAGCGGCGCUCCCCUGGCCGAGGAAGAGCUCUUCAAGCUGCACAAGCAGCUGCGGGAAUUGUCGACCCUUGUACAACAUCAGGGCUGCUCUGUCCCGACCCAGGCCAUCACGUGUUCCUUGCAGAACGUCACGCAGUUGCUGUCCAACAUCGACAGCUUUGGGCACGUGACCGUAGGGGGUCAAGCCGAUGGGCAUCACAGUGGCAGCGCAGGCUCCUUAAUGUCCGACCUUGAUGCGUUUUUGCCCACGCUGGUAGUGUCCAGUGGCUCCCAGAAUUCACUGAAUCCGGCGGUGAGGAGGCUGAAUUCCCUGCCUCCGGUGAGGGCGACACGGAGGGGGCCACUAAACCAGAGGACUGACAGCCGUGGCGUUCAUAACCACAACGGUGUCGACGUGGAAAGACAAGACAGCACACGGGUGUCGUGUGUCCAGGAGGACGGCAGCUCUUUGUGGCCGAGCGGACGCCGUCUCCUCCAGCACUACCAGCAGAAGGGACGACCGCGUCUCCGGUUCGGCUGCAAGGGGACCGAGGAGGGCCGCUUCACAUGGCCCCGAGGCCUGGCCGUUACGCCUGAGGGGCAUCUCAUUGUCGCCGACAGCAGCAACCACCGUCUGCAGGUGUUCGACUGGAGUGGAAGGUUCAUCCGGGCCAUCGGCUCGCACGGCUCGGGUGAUGGCCAAUUUGACUGCCUCUCGGGCGUAACAGUCAACGCUCAACUGGGCCUCAUCCUCGUAGCUGACCGCUACAACCACCGUGUGCAGAUCUUCGACCGCACAGGCCGAUUCCUGCGGGCAUUCGGCAGGGAGGGUGCAGGACGUGGGCAGCUCAGCUACCCGUGGGGUGUGGCGAGUGACUCUUCGGGCCUCGUGUAUGUCUGUGACAAGGACAAUCAUCGUGUGCAGGUGUUCUCGCCGGACGGUGUGUUCGUGCGAGGCUUCGGUGGCCCAGGCAGUAGUGACUGUGGGAACCACCGCGUGCAGAUAUUUGACCGAUACGGCCGCUACAUCAGCAAGCUGGGCGAUAGCUCGGGCUCGGGCUCUGGGCCCGGGCAGAUGCGGUAUCCACGCGGCGUGGCAGUGGAUCGCUCUGGGAACAUCGUGGUUGCGGACAGCGGCAAUAAUCGCGUGCAGGUGUUCCGGCCCGACGGGACUUUCCUACAUGCGUUCGGGAGCUGGGGCAGCGAGGAUGGGCAGAUGAAGGGGCUGGAGGGCCUGGCACUGCACGCGGGAGACAUUGUUGUCUGCGACCGCGAAAAUCACAGGAUUCAGAUCUUUUAA